AUGGGCUUGUUAUUAUCAGUCAAUGCUGGCAGUCAUCAUGAGCCGCGGGUAGUUAUUUUACGUUAUUUUGGAGACAAAAAAAAUAAAAAUGAUGUUCUUGGGUUAGUUGGAAAAGGAAUUACUUUUGACAGCGGUGGCUAUAAUUUAAAGUCUUCGGCGGCCUUGGAAACAAUGAAGUUUGACAUGUCCGGAGCAGCAGUAGUUUGUGCUUCUUUCUUAAAUUUGGCACAAAGUAAGUCAAAAAAAAAUAUUGUGGCAGUUGCUUGUCUAACUGAAAAUGCCAUUGGUGGUCAUGCCACCCUGACCGAAUCAGUAAUAACUUCCAUGAAUGGCAAGACAGUCGAAAUUAAUAACACUGACGCCGAAGGACGUUUAGUUCUGGCCGAUGGCAUUACUUACGCAAUACAAAAAGAAAAAGUAACUAAAAUAAUUACGGUCGCAACUUUGACAGGGGCCUGCGUAUUAGCGUUGGGAGAAAAUGUUACCGGAGUUAUGACUAAUAAUCGUGAUUUUUACCAACAAUUCAUCCAGGCUGCCGAAAAAUCUCAGGAAAGCACCUGA